AUGGAGGUCCCAGAGGAGCGCGAGGGAGUUGGAGUAGGCGAGGAGGACGCGAGUGUGGAGGGCUUCUGGCCAUGGGAACGAGGCCAUGGGAACGAGGCCAUGGGAACGAGGCCAUGGGAACGAGGCCAUGGGAACGAGGCCAUGGGAACGAGGCCAUGGGAACGAGGCCAUGGGAACGAGGCCAUGGGAACGAGGCCAUGGGAACGAGGCCAUGGGAACGAGGCCAUGGGAACGAGGCCAUGGGAACGAGGCCAUGGGAACGAGGCCAUGGGAACGAGGCCAUGGGAACGAGGCCAUGGGAACGAGGCCAUGGGAACGAGGCCAUGGGAACGAGGCCAUGGGAACGAGGCCAUGGGAACGAGGCCAUGGGAACGAGGCCAUGGGAACGAGGCCAUGGGAACGAGGCCAUGGGAACGAGGCCAUGGGAACGAGGCCAUGGGAACGAGGCCAUGGGAACGAGGCCAUGGGAACGAGGCCAUGGGAACGAGGCCAUGGGAACGAGGCCAUGGGAACGAGGCCAUGGGAACGAGGCCAUGGGAACGAGGCCAUGGGAACGAGGCCAUGGGAACGAGGCCAUGGGAACGAGGCCAUGGGAACGAGGCCAUGGGAACGAGGCCAUGGGAACGAGGCCAUGGGAACGAGGCCAUGGGAACGAGGCCAUGGGAACGAGGCCAUGGGAACGAGGCCAUGGGAACGAGGCCAUGGGAACGAGGCCAUGGGAACGAGGCCAGCCACGGGAACGAGGCCAUGGGAACGAGGCCAUGGGAACGAGGCCAUGGGAACGAGGCCAUGGGAACGAGGCCAGCCAUGGGAACGAGGCCAGCCAUGGGAACGAGGCCAGCCAUGGGAACGAGGCCAUGGUGCCCCACCAACAAUGGGAACGAGGCCAUGGGAACGAGGCCAUGGGAACGAGGCCAUGGGAACGAGGCCAUGGGAACGAGGCCAUGGGAACGAGGCCAUGGGAACGAGGCCAUGGGAACGAGGCCAUGGGAACGAGGCCAUGGGAACGAGGCCAUGGGAACGAGGCCAUGGGAACGAGGCCAUGGGAACGAGGCCAUGGGAACGAGGCCAUGGGAACGAGGCCAUGGGAACGAGGCCAUGGGAACGAGGCCAUGGGAACGAGGCCAUGGGAACGAGGCCAUGGGAACGAGGCCAUGGGAACGAGGCCAUGGGAACGAGGCCAUGGGAACGAGGCCAGCCAUGGGAACGAGGCCAUGGUGCCCCACCAACAAUGGGAACGAGGCCAUGGGAACGAGGCCAUGGGAACGAGGCCAUGGGAACGAGGCCAUGGGAACGAGGCCAUGGGAACGAGGCCAUGGGAACGAGGCCAUGGGAACGAGGCCAUGGGAACGAGGCCAUGGGAACGAGGCCAUGGGAACGAGGCCAUGGGAACGAGGCCAUGGGAACGAGGCCAUGGGAACGAGGCCAUGGGAACGAGGCCAUGGGAACGAGGCCAUGGGAACGAGGCCAUGGGAACGAGGCCAUGGGAACGAGGCCAUGGGAACGAGGCCAUGGGAACGAGGCCAUGGGAACGAGGCCAUGGGAACGAGGCCAUGGGAACGAGGCCAUGGGAACGAGGCCAUGGGAACGAGGCCAUGGGAACGAGGCCAUGGGAACGAGGCCAUGGGAACGAGGCCAUGGGAACGAGGCCAUGGGAACGAGGCCAUGGGAACGAGGCCAUGGGAACGAGGCCAUGGGAACGAGGCCAUGGGAACGAGGCCAUGGGAACGAGGCCAUGGGAACGAGGCCAUGGGAACGAGGCCAUGGGAACGAGGCCAUGGGAACGAGGCCAUGGGAACGAGGCCAUGGGAACGAGGCCAUGGGAACGAGGCCAUGGGAACGAGGCCAUGGGAACGAGGCCAUGGGAACGAGGCCAUGGGAACGAGGCCAUGGGAACGAGGCCAUGGGAACGAGGCCACCCAUGGAACGAGGCCAUGGGAACGAGGCCAUGGGAACGAGGCCAUGGGAACGAGGCCAUGGGAACGAGGCCAUGGGAACGAGGCCACCCAUGGAACGAGGCCAUGGGAACGAGGCCAUGGGAACGAGGCCAUGGGAACGAGGCCAUGGGAACGAGGCCAUGGGAACGAGGCCAUGGGAACGAGGCCAUGGGAACGAGGCCAUGGGAACGAGGCCAUGGGAACGAGGCCACCGGAACGAGGCCACGGGAACGAGGCCACGGGAACGAGGCCACGGGAACGAGGCCAUGGGAGCGAGGCCAUGGGAGCGAGGCCAUGGGAGCGAGGCCAUAGGAGCGAGGCCAUGGGAACGAGGCCAUGGGAACGAGGCCAUGGGAACGAGGCCAUGGGAACGAGGCCAUGGGAACGAGGCCAUGGGAACGAGGCCAUGGGAACGAGGCCAUGGGAACGAGGCCAUGGGAACGAGGCCAUGGGAACGAGGCCAUGGGAACGAGGCCAUGGGAACGAGGCCAUGGGAACGAGGCCAUGGGAACGAGGCCAUGGGAACGAGGCCAUGGGAACGAGGCCAUGGGAACGAGGCCAUGGGAACGAGGCCAUGGGAACGAGGCCAUGGGAACGAGGCCAUGGGAACGAGGCCAUGGGAACGAGGCCAUGGGAACGAGGCCAUGGGAACGAGGCCAUGGGAACGAGGCCAUGGGAACGAGGCCAUGGGAACGAGGCCAUGGGAACGAGGCCAGCCAUCGGAACGAGGCCAUGGGAACGAGGCCAUGGGAACGAGGCCAUGGGAACGAGGCCAUGGGAACGAGGCCAUGGGAACGAGGCCAUGGGAACGAGGCCAUGGGAACGAGGCCAUGGGAACGAGGCCAUGGGAACGAGGCCAUGGGAACGAGGCCAUGGGAACGAGGCCAUGGGAACGAGGCCAUGGGAACGAGGCCAUGGGAACGAGGCCAUGGGAUUGAGGCCAUGGGAACGAGGCCAUGGGAACGAGGCCAUGGGAACGAGGCCAUGGGAACGAGGCCAUGGGAACGAGGCCAUGGGAACGAGGCCAUGGGAACGAGGCCAUGGGAACGAGGCCAUGGGAACGAGGCCAUGGGAACGAGGCCAUGGGAACGAGGCCAUGGGAACGAGGCCAUGGGAACGAGGCCAUGGGAACGAGGCCAUGGGAACGAGGCCAUGGGAACGAGGCCAUGGGAACGAGGCCAUGGGAACGAGGCCAUGGGAACGAGGCCAUGGGAACGAGGCCAUGGGAACGAGGCCAUGGGAACGAGGCCAUGGGAACGAGGCCAUGGGAACGAGGCCAGCCAUGGGAACGAAGCCAUGGGAACGAGGCCAUGGGAUUGAGGCCAUGGGAACGAGGCCAUGGGAACGAGGCCAUGGGAACGAGGCCAUGGGAACGAGGCCAUGGGAACGAGGCCAUGGGAACGAGGCCAUGGGAACGAGGCCAUGGGAACGAGGCCAUGGGAACGAGGCCAUGGGAACGAGGCCAUGGGAACGAGGCCAUGGGAACGAGGCCAUGGGAACGAGGCCAUGGGAACGAGGCCAUGGGAACGAGGCCAUGGGAACGAGGCCAUGGGAACGAGGCCAUGGGAACGAGGCCAUGGGAACGAGGCCAUGGGAACGAGGCCAUGGGAACGAGGCCAUGGGAACGAGGCCAUGGGAACGAGGCCAUGGGAACGAGGCCAUGGGAACGAGGCCAGCCAUGGGAACGAGGCCACGGGAACGAGGCCAGCCAUGGGAACGAAGCCAUGGGAACGAGGCCAUGGGAUUGAGGCCAUGGGAACGAGGCCAUGGGAACGAGGCCAUGGGAACGAGGCCAUGGGAACGAGGCCAUGGGAACGAGGCCAUGGGAACGAGGCCAUGGGAACGAGGCCAUGGGAACGAGGCCACCCAUGGAACGAGGCCAUGGGAACGAGGCCAUGGGAACGAGGCCAUGGGAACGAGGCCAUGGGAACGAGGCCAUGGGAACGAGGCCAUGGGAACGAGGCCAUGGGAACGAGGCCAUGGGAACGAGGCCAUGGGAACGAGGCCAUGGGAACGAGGCCAUGGGAACGAGGCCAUGGGAACGAGGCCAUGGGAACGAGGCCAUGGGAACGAGGCCAUGGGAACGAGGCCAUGGGAACGAGGCCAUGGGAACGAGGCCAUGGGAACGAGGCCAUGGGAACGAGGCCAUGGGAACGAGGCCAUGGGAACGAGGCCAUGGGAACGAGGCCAUGGGAACGAGGCCAUGGGAACGAGGCCAUGGGAACGAGGCCAUGGGAACGAGGCCAUGGGAACGAGGCCAUGGGAACGAGGCCAUGGGAACGAGGCCAUGGGAACGAGGCCAUGGGAACGAGGCCAUGGGAACGAGGCCAUGGGAACGAGGCCAUGGGAACGAGGCCAUGGGAACGAGGCCAUGGGAACGAGGCCAUGGGAACGAGGCCAUGGGAACGAGGCCAUGGGAACGAGGCCAUGGGAACGAGGCCAUGGGAACGAGGCCAUGGGAACGAGGCCACCCAUGGAACGAGGCCAUGGGAACGAGGCCAUGGGAACGAGGCCAUGGGAACGAGGCCAUGGGAACGAGGCCAUGGGAACGAGGCCAUGGGAACGAGGCCAUGGGAACGAGGCCAUGGGAACGAGGCCAUGGGAACGAGGCCAUGGGAACGAGGCCAUGGGAACGAGGCCAUGGGAACGAGGCCAUGGGAACGAGGCCAUGGGAACGAGGCCAUGGGAACGAGGCCAUGGGAACGAGGCCAUGGGAGGGGUAGGUACUGCAUGGCCUCGUUCCCUGAGUGCUCGUGGCGUUGCUCCUCACUCACCCAUGGUGACGUAG